GGGUGUGGACUUAGAAAGGGGGCCGGGUAAAAGUGGGCGGACGGGUAGCUCCUAGUUUGUGCAUUUAGACUCUGAAGUUAUUGUCCUUGAGAACAGGAGGAUUUAGACUUGAAGAGACGCACAGCCAUCAAGCACACCGUCAACAUGCUGAUUCUCCUUGCUGCCAUCUUUGUCCUCCACAUCAUAGGCAUCAUCCUCCUCCUGGUGGCCACCAUUGACAAUGCCUGGUGGGUGGCCAACGACCUGUCCACUGACGUGUGGUUCCGGUGGAUUCAGACAGCUGGAGUGUGGAACACCACCGAUCUCCCCACAGGCUCACACUACCCAACUGAUUACCUCCAGGCGGUGCAGGCCAGCUCAGUGCUGGCAUGUAUAUUCUCCAUCCUGGGCAUCUUUGUGUUUGUGGCUCAGCUCUUCACCCUCCCGAAAGGAGAGAGGUUCACCAUCUCGGGCAUCUUUCAGCUCCUUGCCUGCCUGUGCAUCAUGAUCGCAGCCUCCAUCUACACCGACAAAUUCCACAUCGACGAGAAUUUCGGCUGGUACGGCCACUGCUACAUCCUGGCGUGGAUCUCCUUCAGCCUCACGUUCAUCUCCUCCAUCACUUACUUUGUGCUACGCAAGAAGACAGCGUGAGACGGACACUAGAACUAGCUCCAACCAGCCCGAAACCUCUGGCUGGAUCUACCCUCCCAGCUGAAAACUGGUUUUAGAUGGUGCAAACCGUGUUUAUAUUUUGCCCCGUUGUGGACAUCAGAUUUGAGCCGCUAGUGUAUAUUCAGCUACAGAUAAAGACGACCUGUUGACCCUCUCAAAUACAUAAUGGUGUUUAAUUGAGCCUGCUGUCCGAUAGUCGGGGUUCCACGAGUUCAAUCAAUCACAGUUGUAUUUGAGUGCAGUUUCAACCCGGAGUUUGGGCUGGAUUUCUAAGGCAUCGACAGAUUAAGCUUAUUUGUGUUGUUAAUUUAACAAAGUUUGCCUUACGAUGAUAAAUUAAGAUCUAUCCAUGUUUCUGGCUUUUAACAAAAGGCAGGUUGAAGAGUCUAAUGUGCAGUCUUUUUUUGUUGUUCUUGUUGUAAUGUACAUUUACGAAUGGAUAUGAGUGUUGGAUAAAAAGGGGCGCCUUUGAGAAUUUUUUUUGUUUAUCGUUUUUUUGUUCUCCUUCCCGUUAUCCUAUUGUUAGUUCAUCAACCUUAUUUCAUUUCUCUGCUCUGAUAUUAUUUUAAAUAAUUAAACAGAGCAACUACAACGUGACCGGCGAAGUCUUAAAAGUCUUUAAGAAAAAUCCAUCCCGUUGCAUAUUUUGUGUGUGUGAUCUAAGUCUAUGUGAAAAUGUCAAAUCAGUAAAAUAAUACAGCAGCUUUUGUUUUGUAAUUAUUUGUGAUUAGGGGUGUACACUACAGUAUUGUGUUGACGCUUGAUGCAAAGCUCAAAGACAGGACAGAGUAAUGAACCCCAGAGCAGCGGGACUUGAAUUCAUUUUCUGUUCGGUCCGCUCCAAAAGCAGCAGAACACAAUAUUUGAGAAUAUAUGAGAGAUUCCUAGUUUGUAUGACACGUACCUAAAUCCACUAAUAUAAUAUCUUUUUGACAGUUAAUCCACAGACGUACCGGUGAUAUGUGCUCUCUUUCCACCCAGUGUGACAGAAAGGCAAACCGCCUUGUAUCUUAAAGCGUGAGAUAUUAUUUGUAAAUAUGUCUUGUUUCCCAUAACUCUGCUCUGUAUGUCUAAUGCUGUUUUAUUUUUGCUACUGUUAUUGCUCAUUAUGGAUCUUUACGUCAUUAAAACUUGAUUUCCAACCAAA